GUGUCAUAUUGAGUUCCGCUGAGCUACCCCGCCCGAAGGACGCACUACACCGACUCAUUAGACUACAAACUGCCUUGCGAGUCCACGUCUGACCAUCCAUCUGCUACACGUUGCCCCCAAGCCUGUCUUCAUUAACCUACUUACUAUCAAAUACACAGCCCAAGCCUUGAAAAUGGAGGGAAAAUUCAUUGCUAUCACUGGAGCAGGCUCUGGAAUUGCGAGAGGAACAGCACUUCGAUGUGCUGAACUCGGUGCUGGAGGGGUAUCUCUAUGUGAUGUGAAUCUGGAAGGGUUAGAGGAGACCAAAAAAAUGAUGUAAGUUUACCUCUGUCUGCAUUAUCAAUACAAUCCGAAUACUUAUUUUUUAAGCGCCGACAAGUAUCCAAAAUGCAACGUGCUCAUCAAGAAAAUGGACAUUGCGAAUGCCGCAGAAGUAGACGAAUGGAUUGUCACUGCCGUGGCAACAUUUGGUCGUCUCGAUGGAGCAGCUAAUGUUGCUGCUAUAUCCAGAAGACAGCUUGAUACAACUACUGCCAACAUUGUAGGAUAUUCCCGAUUUUCCCCGUUGAUCCCUCAAGCUAAUUCUCCGACAAGAAACAAUCAGACUGGGACGCAACCAUUGCUGUGAACCUUACAGGAACAAUGAACUGCAUGCGUGCUCAAUUACAGCACAUCACCAAACCAGGGGGCUCUAUCGUCAAUGUGAGUUACCUCUCCACUCAUUCCUAAUUUGUGAUGUAGUUACUGUACUAACUCAAAUAAGAUCUCUUCAGGAGCAGGCAUGAAGGGUGUGGCUGGAAUGCCGUCUUACUCGUCCACGAAAUGGGGCAUGAGAGGCUUAACUAAAUGUGCAGCUGCUGAAUUUGGCGAAGCAGGUGUUCGAGUAAAUACCCUGAUGCCGUAAGUAAUCUAUGAUUCUCCACUUUUCUAUCCUCCUCCCAUGGUUCCAUUUCAUUUAUUUUUGUUUUACCCCUCUUUUGUACGACCCAACAACCAUGCGGUCGCUUUAAAUGAAACCCCAACUUACCAAAUUCUGGAACUAUAGGGGUCCUAUUCACACAGGGGAGAACUUCGAGAGAGCUGCUGCUGCAGGUCUCGUAGACAAAGUGAAAUUCGCCUCGGGAACAGCAUUGAAGAGAUUGGGCACAGCAGCCGAAGUCGCCAAUGUGAUUGUAUUUUUGUUGAGCGAUGAUGCAUCUUAUAUCACCGGUGGUGAGUUUGCUCUUCUUGAAACUUUUGGAGAACCAAGACUAACACUAUUGAUAACAGCCGAUAUCGCGGUUGAUGGUGGUGGCACUGCUAUCUAAACAACCUGCAAGGAUCUUGACAGGUCAUUCCGAGAAAUAUUGAGAAUGUUCUGAAGCUUCUCUUUCCAUUGGGGUCUGUGAAAGUGGAAAUGGAGCUUGCUUUUCAAGGGUUUUGUUCGGGUUAUCCUCGUGGCAUCAGAAUCCGUGGUGGGCAUCUCGGGGCAUUUACAGUACUAUACAAAUCCACUCAUUCAACUUGUGCAGUGACUCUAACAUCCUGGC